CGAAGUGUACUGUCAUUGAAAGGCGCUCUUCAUUCCGUCGUCACCAUUGAACGACCGUCGACAAACGGAUUCACGCUGCCAUCUGCACGAGAGGACGAGGUGGGUGGUAGUACGGUGGUAGCCGAGGGUGUCGUAGGUGGCAUAAGGGGCCCAGGCGGCGGGUGCCGCGCAUCCUCGAUGACGAUGGCCGAGAGCGCCGUGGAGGACGCUGCAGCCGCGCCCCCGGGCCCGGCCAAGCCGCCACCGCCCUCCUGUACAAACAAUAACACCCUUGCAGCGACAGCCAAUCGCAACCACCGGAAUCCCCGUAAGAAACGAAGACGGCUGGAGCAGGUAGUGGAUACGUUGCAGGCCCACCGCAGUUCGCCAUCCGAAGGUGAGGUAUUGAAGUUCGAGGGUAGCGGUCCCGCGUCCGAAGAGGAGGAUGUCUUCGGCUCGCCCAGGUCGUCGUCCUCGCGAUCCGCCGCGAUGGACACGACAGCGGUGAUUGGCCAGCUGCCGUUGAGGUUGAAGGAUACGGAAGCGGUGACGUCAACCGAGGAAGAGCUCAAUGAGAUCAGUCAGCAGCAUCACCAUCAUCCCCACCGACCGUACCGCUAUUCAUAUCACCACCACCACCAUCGACACCGUUAUUCGCCCUAUCAUCAGAAUAACCACCGGUUGUCGGCGCCCAAGUACUCCGACUGUAUGUGCAGUGAAUGCACGCAGUCGCUAGCUGCGUCGGCGGCUAUGAUGCUGCCAUCAGCAACCUCCUUGCAGACGCCGCUAUCGCGGACCAGCUUUACGUAUAGCAGUAUAUGCGGCACGUAUAGCAUAUUUGAACAGUACAUGCACACUAAGUACCUGUCGUCGUCGUCGUCAGGCGAUACCUUCCGCGGACGCAGUCACUCUGAUUCGGAUGUUGCGCCCAGGUGGGACGAAAUGCGGGUACCUGCCGCGACUACUUCGUUUUCCUCCGUCGUCAGCCAUCCACCGCGAAGUAGCUCUCUCGAGAGCGACGGUACGAGUCCUCAAGAAUCACCAUUAGAUCUCUCUAUGAAAAAUCUGAUGCUGCAGUCUGCCGCUGCUUCAGCGGUCUCCACCAGGUCACCGUCUCUCCAGCUGAUACCGUCUGGCAUUGUGCGGGGUUCCGUCAGUGUACCCGUAGUCAGAGGUGACGUCGCAUCACCCACGACGAAAAAGAGCGUCGCGGUACGGUAUAAUCUGGAGGUUCUACCCGUCGUUGAGGAAAUGGCUCCGGGCGCGGAUGUCGCCUACGUCUGUCCGGAGUGCGGACAGAUGUUCAGUCUGCACGAUCGUCUGGCGAAGCACAUGGCAUCCAGACAUCGUCGACAGGGUCUCCAUGAUGCCUCAGCGAAGGCGUAUCUUUGUGACGUGUGUCAAAGGAGUUUUGCGAGGUCGGACAUGUUGACCAGGCACAUGAGACUGCAUACCGGCGUCAAACCGUACACAUGCCGGGUUUGUCGGCAGGUGUUCAGUAGAUCUGAUCAUCUUAGCACCCACCAACGAACCCACACCGGCGAGAAGCCGUACAAGUGCCCGCAAUGCGCCUAUGCUGCCUGUCGUAGGGAUAUGAUCACCAGGCAUUUGAAGACCCACAAUCGGUGCGCGGACGGUCCCAUUCCCAAGACCGAACCUGGCGAGGAGUGUCCCACUUUUGAUCAAAACGUGGCAACAACACCGUCGGCGGUUAUUAAGGCUGAAUGACAACGACCGGUUGGAUGACCUUGGCUGCACUCUAGCUCCAGGUCCCAGCGAGGACACCGCGGCAGACUUGACCGAGGGUCUCCAGGAAUUUUUGCGGGCCGAUCAAGACUCCGCGGAAAUAUGAGAGAGCGAAACCGUCGCUUGACAAGCUCCAUGACAUCAGACGGGCGUUAGGAAGAGAUCGAUACUUGAAGGGAUCGCGAUCUUGGUGGAACGAAAGAUUCGAGCGAGAGAAAAGAUUCAUUUUGCUGUCGUAAUUCGAUUUCGUGAGAAUCCCGACGAGACUUUGGUGACGAUGAGAGUCUGUGAUCAAAUUUUGGGACGACUUUUGGAAGAGAUUGCAGCUAGAUGCAUUAAUUUUACUCUUUCGCUAUAUAUUAAAAUCUUUUUCUUGCAUGAGAUGAGUUCAUAUAAUAAAUAUU